AUGAUUGUGUUUCGACCAUUCAAAGGCGAGAUCAUUACCGGUGUUAUCCAGAAAUGUACACCAGAAGGCAUUCGGAUUACAACACGAUUCUUCGACGACAUUUUUGUCCCACCGACCAUGCUUUUCGAGGGGUGUGUCUACAACGAGACCGAACAGACCUGGGUCUGGGAGACUGAAGGCGACCCAAUCUAUCUCGAUGAAGGCACCAUCGUCAAUGUCCGUGUCGAGGCUGAAAAGUGGAAUGACCAAGCACCAACACCUCCCAAGAUAAGGAAACCUGGCGAACCUGAACCUGCCCCGGUGGUAGAGUAUAGAGUGCCCUACUCUAUCGAGGUAUUAUAUCCAGACCAUAAGCUGAGAGAGCAUUUCUAA